AUGUCUUCGAUGUCGGAGAUAUUGAAUUUUGUUAUUGGCUUUUUGGUGUCCUUUGCAGCUUCAAUUAUGAACGCCGCUGGCCUUAAUUUGCUAAAACUAGAUCAUGUUAAAAAUUUAUAUAAGCCCCCAGAAUCACAACGACAUGAAUGUGGUAGACCAUUAUGGCAUUUUGGAUUAUAUUUAUAUAUUAUUAGCCAACUUGUAGGAAGUACUAUUGCGCUAAAUUACCUUAAAGCGCAAUGGGUCGCACCACUUGGUUCUAUUUCACUCAUCUUUAAUUUCGUAUUUGCUCGAAUGCUAGUGGGUACGAGUAUCACUAGGGCUGAUAUUAUCGGUACAUUUGUUGUAAUAAUUAGCGUGAUAUGGAUUGUAGUAUUUGGUGGAAUGACAGGCCAAGAUGAUGAAAAUCUUACAUUGGAAAAAUUGAAGUCACUGAUGACACGUCCUCUUUUUAUUGUAUAUUUUUCGUUUCUUGAUAUUCUUACAUUUGCAUUAUUCGGAGUUGCCCUUUAUUGUUACUGGAUUCUUCAGGAUGAGCAAAGAAAAAUGCGUGACAGUUUUUUUAAAGGGAUAGAGACAAAACGAUUGAAAAAAACUGUGGGAAUGACCAUGGCUGGUGUAGGCGGCUUAAUUGCAAGUCAAACGUUAUUGUUGGCAAAAAGCGGUGUUAAACUUUUUUAUAUAUCUGUUACCAUUUCCAAUCAGUUCACUGAUAAUUUAAGUUAUUUUAUUCUGGUUGGUCUUCUCGUAACAGCUAUACUUCAGGUAUACUGUCUUAAUACCGCGUUAAAAUUGCAUGAUUCUGUCUUAGUAGUGCCCAUGUUUUAUGGAUUUUAUACCGCCAUGGGUCUUGUUAAUUCUAUGAUAUAUCUUGAUGAAAUAAGUACUUAUCCACUGUGGGCUCUCUUAUUAGUAACAAUUGGAAUUGCUACAUUAGUUUAUGGUGUGUGUAUGCUAAGUGCAUCCAAAGAAAAUUCUCCUGUAAUAACCGAUGAAUUUGAUUUUGAUGAUGAUGAACCGAAGGGUAGUGAUAUUAAUGGAUGGGAUACUAUGAGCGUUGAAGGUGGAAGUAAUACUGAAGGUUCAGAAACUGGAAUGUUAAAUGAUACCACAGAUAAGAAACGACUAAGUAUUGCAGGAAAGCAAUUUGGUGAUGGCAGAAUAUUUUCAUUUUCAUCGAAAAGAUUUAGUGGUGGUGGUGAUUCCAGUAUUUUCAGGAUGAGCAUACUAAAAAGAAAUAACUCAAAAACAGAUUUUCGAGAUGUCAAGUCAUCCCGUAUAAGCAAUAUAGAUUUAGACAAUAAUUCAUCUGCAUCACAGAUUACGAUUGAAAAUGAAGAUAAAUUAUCAGAUGAAUUUACAGCACAAACAAUAAUACCAAUUGCUUAUUCUGCGACAAAAACACAUGAGGUAAAUGAUUUGAUGUUAUUUACUCCUACCACUCCAAGUGAACACUAUAUGAAUCUAUCUUCAUCACAUAAUCACCAAACAAGUAAUAACAACAUGCCAAGUACAUUAUCUCCGAGUCAUCCACGAACGGGGCAUGUAUAUCCGAGCGACGCUGAGUCCGUAAUGUUUGCUCGUAGCUUUGAUGACUUAUUGUAUCCAGAUGCGCAUAAAAAUAAAGAUCUUAAUA